AUCUUCCCUUCGCCUCCCGUGCCGGCCCGCCCCAGAGGGGAACCCUGCGCUCCCCGAUCGGUCAUUGUUGCCUGGGUAGAUACGAGCGGCGGCGGCGGCGAUCUCUGGACGUACCGCGGGAAGCGGAGGUAGGCCAGGCCGGCGAGGGGGCAGAGCGGAGGGCGCCCUACCGUCCUACGACUCCUGCGGUCCUGCCGCGCGUCGCGGGUGCUGAAUUCUUGGCAAAGGUGUUCUUCUGGUACUUCAGGAUUUCUAAGUGAAGUUGCUGAAGAAGUGACUUUAAGGUGUCUGCCACUUUCGCUCCCAUGGCAACCAAUGAGAACCUCCCACCAAAUGUGAUCAGACAGUUGGGUAAUGAAUUGAAGAAUCUUGAUGACUCACCUCCGGAAGGGAUCAAAGUUAGUGUUAAUGAUGAUGACUUCACCACUAUUUUUGCUGAUAUUGAGGGCCCAGCUGGAACUCCAUACGAGAAUGGAGUAUUCAGGAUGAAGCUGUUAUUAUCUCGUGACUUCCCUCAUUCUCCUCCAAAAGGCUACUUCUUGACAAAAAUUUUCCAUCCAAACAUAGCAACUAGUGGUGAGAUAUGUGUGAACACACUAAAGAAGGAUUGGAAUCCUAGUCUUGGAUUAAGACACAUUCUGCUGGUAGUGAGAUGCCUUCUGAUUGAACCAUUUCCUGAAUCUGCCCUCAAUGAACAAGCUGGAAAGAUGCUACUUGAAAAUUAUGAGGAGUAUGCACGGCAUGCAAGGCUAUACACUGGUAUCCAUGCGCUCAAGCCUAAGAACAAGUCGAAGAGUGGAGCUAUUUCUGAGUCAACCACAGCUCUAAAUGUGGGCCAGUCCAAUACCGUUCUCGGUGAGAACACACCUUUGGCAUCAGCAGCGAUAUCUACCUCUGCUGCGGCGAAAGCAUUAGGUAAAAACUCACAGGAUCAGAAUGCUGCUACGUCUGAUCCUGUUGUAGGAGCAUCCACUGCACCCAAGAAGGAUGUGCCACAUGCCGCCAAAGUUCCAGUUGAUAAGAAGAAGCUGGAUGCAAGGAAGAAGAGCUUGAAGAGAUUGUAGUCGAAUAAUCCUGGGUGGUGAGGGGUGCUUAGUGGUAGAUAAAAUAAUGAUGCCUUCACUAGUGCUAGAUUCAACAGAUGCCGGGUAGAACUGAAGAAAAGUGAAGAGGACAAACAGCGCGAGAGGCAUCCCAUGGCUGGCGGUCUGUGGUCUCAGCUGGGACUCGGGACAAACUGUCUGUGCAAUUACAGUUAUUCAUUUGUUUGGAAGAAUACUUGCCUUUUUUCUGCUGAUUCCCA